GGAAGGCACUGGGGGAGUCUGCCCUUACCUUAGCAAGCCGCAUAAACAGUGGGUUUAAAUCCCUGUAAUCUAUGUUUUCAGGAAACUAGGAUGACCGGAUAGUCCUAACACAAUGGCGACUCCAGCUAUCCGGAUGUUUCGGAGGUUGGAAGGGCUUUUCUGCGUCUACAAGCCCCCCGGAGUUCACUGGAAGCUCGUACGGGACACGAUCGAGACGAAUCUUCUCAAAGGUAUAAAUGCUACGCCUCCUCAGGCUCUGCCUCACGAGGUCCGUUUCCUGCUCCAGCCCAGCAGUGACCCAGAAGCUCCUAAAGGACUGACCCUGACUGCAGCCUCAGUUCCUGCACUGUCCAAACACCCUCUGGUGACAGGACCUGAAUUUCAGCAUAUACGAGUCGGAGUAGGACAUCGCCUGGACGCUUCCUCUUCUGGUGUUCUAGUUUUAGCAGUUGGGAAUGGAAACAAAGUUCUGAAUGAUUUCUACCAAACACAAGUCACGAGGGAUUAUACGCUUGAGGGGGAAUUUGGGAUUGCGUCACAUAAUUUUUCUGACACCGGGAGAAUUGUUGAGAGAUCCACUUAUGAUCACAUUACCCUGGAGAAGCUGGAGAGAGUGCUGGCAGUGCUGCAGGGAUCCAAUCAGAAGGCUCUGCUAACUUAUGCCAACGUGGACAUGAGCUCUCAGGAAGCUUACGAGAUGGCUGCUCAGGGUUUACUUGGCCCUGAUGGAAAAUCGCCGCCGAUCAUGACGGGCUUACGCUGUAUUCGUUUCCAGCCCCCCAAAUUCACUUUAGAGGUGCAGUGCAUCAACGAAACCCAGAAAUAUCUGCGUAAGGUCGUGCACGAGAUUGGACUGGAGCUGCGCAGCACGGCGGUGUGUAAAGGAGUGAGACGCGUCAGAGACGGACCUUUCACCCUGCGGGACGCCUUGACCCGCCACCACUGGAGUGCUGCGGACGUCAUGCAGGCCGUACGACAGAACCACGCCUCGAAGGAAACCGAGAAGAAGCCACGGUCCCCCGCCGAGAGGCCAGUGGCACAGACACGAGAAGACAGAGAGACAGUCACCUCGCAGGGAGACGCUUUUGAAGAAGCAAUAUCAGGUAGAACUGUUUCUGAGACAAGCAGUUAAUCCAGCCCACUGAAGUUCAACGCUGGUAAAACAAAACAAAACAAAACAAAAAAGAAUUUUCUUGCAUCUUAUGAGUGUCUUUUUCAAAGUAGGUUUUUUUUUUUAAUUUAACUUAUUGCUUUUAUGAACACUCAUCCGAACUGAAUAAAAUAAUGUAGCAGUGAUUUAGAUAGUUUUGUAUGAUAAAUUAUUUUUUACUGUCUGAAACGGGAUCAGUGCAGCGCCAAGAAAAACUUCUCCAUCACAAAAGUUGGUUCCAACACAAGAAAUGAUGCACCUGUUUUUCAGCUCAAAUGCUCCCCCAAGUGGUGAAAGGUCGUUGUGAACUUUACAGUCGAAAUGUUUGGAGUACCAGCUUAAUCUGUCAGAAUGUUCUCACAGUAUUAGGUCUUGUGCUUCCACUGAGUUUUUCAAUAAAUCAAAGAAUCAUUUGAUUUUGAUCAAAGCCUGUAUUUUAAAUAAACCUAUUUUAUGUUCUCAUUUAUUUAAACUGGGCAAAGGCAGGGGAAAUUACCGUGACCUAAAGUCACCAAAAUACACUUCAACAUGUUUUUGGACUGACAGGAAACUGAAAUACCCAGGAAACAGCUGCACUUCUAUAUGUAGAACAUGAAAACUUCAGCCUGAUCUGAGAACCUUCUCACAAUGUGGCAAGUCUGCUGACAACAAUAAUCCUGAAUUUGUGAAAUUCAAAUCUCACUUUCAGUUUUUUUUUAUAUUAUGUAAUGCUUUUAAGUGACAAUGUGUAUGAUCAGUUAUUGAUGAGCUUUUGCUCGAGUCAUGUACAACAUUGAAGUGGCUUCAAGUAUUCAUUUGAAAACAGCAAUUUAUGUGUGAUAAAAUAUUUAAAAAGAUCACGGAGUUAAAUCCAGCCUUGUGGACUGUGUGUGACACAAAAGAACAUUUUCUUACAGCUGUGGCUUCAUCAUUACGGAUGAAGUUGAACAUAAGAUGAAUGGAUAGGCUUGAAAUCUGCUAAUCUGUAUAAUCCAAAAGGCAAUAGUGUCAAAGUAACUGUUUCCUCGUCGUGCUGCUGCCUGCUCCUUGUUUAUGUUACAAGGUUACUGCCGUGGCGCCGCUGUUGUCGUGCUCUUCAUGCCACUGAUGAAGUUAUUAUUCCUCAGGGAACAUAGCGUUCUUUGUCAGUUGAGAAGCACAUUUCCCACGAGGUCACAAAUAAAGCACGCAGGCAAACAAAAUGUCAUUCAGGAGGUUUAUUAAGCAUGAUAGUUGAUGUGUGUAAUUACAUUAACUGGGUGGGAAAUACACAGUAACAACAUUAAAAGAAAACAAAUUAUUAUUGAAAACCUGUUGAUCGUUUUUCCAGCACUGUGCUUAAGACACACAAACAUUUGAUCUUACCUUUACAUAUUAAAAUCUUGUGCAUUAACACACUCAUAUACAAAUAAAAAUGGUCCUUUUUUGUCAUAAACAUAACAGUAAAUAUUUUUUCUCAAAGCAAAAUGCUAUAUUUGUGAAAAUUACCUAAAUUUAAAUCCUUUGAUUCACAUGAGGGCAGUCAUUAAAGCACUCAUGGAAAU